UGAGAGUGGAGGGAGCGGCCCGAGUGACGGGGCGGCGCGCCAAUGGGGGCGGAAACGGAAGGAACGCUCUGUAGUCGCCGGGGGGAGGGCGAGCCGCGCGGGAGUCCGAGCCGGAGCGCGGCACCACGUGAGCGGCCUCCGGGAGCGCGAGAAUGGCUGAGCAGGACGUGGAGAAUGAACUGCUGGAUUAUGAGGAGGACGAGGAGCCCCAGGUGGUCACAGAUGCAGUGCCCCCUCCAGCAAAGAAGGACGUGAAAGGCUCCUACGUGUCCAUCCACAGCUCGGGCUUCCGGGAUUUCCUGCUCAAACCCGAGCUGCUGCGAGCCAUUGUGGACUGUGGCUUUGAGCACCCAUCUGAAGUGCAGCACGAGUGCAUCCCACAGGCCAUCCUGGGCAUGGACGUGCUGUGCCAGGCCAAGUCGGGCAUGGGCAAGACGGCCGUCUUCGUGCUGGCCACGCUGCAGCAGAUCGAGCCGGUGGAUGGACAGGUGUCGGUGCUGGUGAUGUGCCACACGCGGGAGCUGGCGUUCCAGAUCAGCAAGGAGUAUGAGCGCUUCUCCAAGUACAUGCCCAGCGUCAAGGUGGGGGUGUUCUUCGGGGGCCUGUCCAUCAAGAAGGACGAGGAGGUGCUGAAGAAGAACUGCCCCCACAUCGUGGUGGGGACCCCGGGGCGCAUCCUGGCCCUGGUGCGCAACAAGAGCCUCAACCUGCGCAGCGUCAAACACUUCGUGCUGGACGAGUGCGACAAGAUGCUGGAGCAGCUUGACAUGCGGCGGGACGUGCAGGAGAUCUUCCGGCUGACGCCCCACGAGAAGCAGUGCAUGAUGUUCAGCGCCACCCUCAGCAAGGAGAUCCGGCCUGUCUGCAGGAAGUUCAUGCAGGACCCCAUGGAGGUGUUUGUGGACGACGAGACCAAGCUGACGCUGCACGGCCUGCAGCAAUACUACGUCAAGCUGAAGGACAGCGAGAAGAACCGCAAGCUCUUCGACCUGCUCGAUGUGCUGGAGUUCAACCAGGUGGUGAUCUUCGUCAAGUCGGUGCAGCGCUGCAUGGCACUGGCCCAGCUGCUGGUGGAGCAGAACUUCCCGGCCAUCGCCAUCCACCGGGGCAUGUCCCAGGAGGAGAGGCUGUCCCGGUACCAGCAGUUCAAGGAUUUCCAGCGCCGCAUCCUGGUGGCCACCAACCUGUUCGGGCGGGGGAUGGACAUCGAGCGGGUCAACAUCGUCUUCAACUACGACAUGCCCGAGGACUCGGACACCUACCUGCACCGGGUGGCGCGUGCCGGGCGCUUCGGCACCAAGGGCCUGGCCAUCACCUUCGUGUCGGACGAGGGCGACGCCAAGAUCCUCAACGAGGUGCAGGAUCGCUUCGAGGUGAACGUGGCUGAGCUGCCCGAGGAGAUCGACAUUUCCACGUACAUUGAACAGAGCCGAUAACUGGAUUGGACCCCCCUGCCCAGAACCAGCCCGGCUGCUCUUUUUAACCCUUUCUAAGCCAGAUCACGGGUAUUUUAUUUUUUACGCAGUUUUUAAACCUGUAGGUGUGUGUGUGUAAGAGUGUCUCAAAUAAACUUUUUAUUACCAAG